AUGAAUCUUUCUACGUUCAAGAGAGAUAUAGAUGAGCUCAUAGGCGAGUUUGUAGAGGAUGAUUUGACAACGUUUGCUGAUUUGAAGAGCGUGUGGCUAUCCCGAAAGUUUUCGUAUAUAUAUGAAGCUAGUCCUAAUAGCAACUUAGCCUUUUUCAUGCAGUCACUAUAUGCGCAUACCAUUGGUCACAUGGUUAGUAUUGAUUCUUUUUCGCGGAGACUUGGAGGUCUCUACUGUCUCUAUUGCCUUUAUGAGAUCCAACCUUUUAAACCCAAGUUCAGAGUUUAUAUCUCACUUCAAGAGCUUGGGAAACUUAGGGAUCUUGUAGUCGAGGCAAAAGAUAAAUGUGUGGAGAUAGCUGCUGCUGUGGCAAAAGAAAUGCUUGAUAAGAACAGAUUACUCUCUGAAACCGAGAUCGAGCAAUUUGUUCAUUUGGAUAUGGGUAAAGAACUUGAUCUGAGUUCCCUACAUAAAACGUCUUUAGUUUAUGCAGUGGCCAAGAAACGCUCAAUCAAAGGAGCAGGAGAAAUAGUAGAGAUUGAAGACAUAAAGCACAUAUCAGAAGAGAAAGAGUUGAUGGGACGGAGAGUGGAGAGACUGAAAGAGGAAUGGGAUUCACAAAGAAUUUCAUUAUAUGAACAAACCAAGCUUGAUUGUCUUACGACGACGGCACAGAAACAAUUGAAAGAUGUGGAACAUGAUGAAGAUGAUGGGUUUGCUGAGCUUGAUCGCUUACUUUCACCGAACUGAUAUGCAAUCACCGUUCGAAAUUUAGGAUGCCCGCAAAGACAAUAACUAACAAGGUGACUAAGAAUGUAACGUUGUCUGAAUGUUGGAGGAAAUAAUCUGUGUCUUGUUCCCAUCAGUUUUUCGAGUAUACAGGUUUUGAACUGUUGUUGCCUCAUAGUGUACCACAAUUGCAUAU